AUGUUAUUGCUAUUUUUAUCAUCCUAUGAUCAAUCACCUUAUGAUGAAGAUCGUAGUGGAACAAUUAAGAAUGAUUUAAAUUUAAUUCCUCCUAAUAAAGACUGCAAAGCAAAGCAUACUUACAGGAAUAAUGAAACUGGGCUCUGUGCAUGCGAACAAGGUUACGAAUUCGGUGAUCCGUCAAUUAUGCACGGUUGCUGGACAUGUAAUAAUAGCUGCAAUGAAAACUUUCAAUGUGUUUACCCUGGAUAUUGUGAAUGCCUUCCCGGAUUCCAAGAAUUCGGAGACAAAUGUCUAUACAUUAGUCCUGAACUUGUUAGCAUAUCGCCUGAUACACUUGUCGGAAAAAGAAAACGAUUUUUAAAUGUAACGUAUGUUGCAGGAAAAGAUUUCAGACAUAAGGUAGGAUAUUGUCGAUUCGGCUCAUACACAACGAAUGCCACAAUUUCAGUUCAAGGAAAUGCUCGUUGUUUGAUUCCUUACCAAAAACCAGGAGAAAUCAACUUUUCAUUUUCAUUUGACAAUGAAACGUGGUCAAUUGACGAAUUACCAUUUAAUUACAAAAAAGCUCCUCCAAAAAUUUAUCGAAAAAUAUCCUUUUUAAUUUCGUAUUUAAUGUUCUUCUUCUCACUUUAUUUAAUUUGCUCAGAAGCAAGAAAAGAAGUUUUGGAGUUAUACGAAAACAAAGACGAUGAUGAAGAGAUAAUGAAAACAAUUCCAAAGGAAGACAUACCUUUAGAAGAGCACUUUGAAACAUAA